ACGGAGGGCCAAAAAAAAAAAAAUGGCAAACUCUCGGCUCGAAAGUCACUGCAUUUCUCUUGACUUAUCGCCGGGAGCCGCCCCUCGAGCUCUCCGCCGGCACUGACCUGGGAUUGAGAGGUCUUUCAAAAGAAUUCAGCAGAACAGUUUUGAUUUAGUAACAACUACAUGGAACAUUUUGCAAUAAUUAGGCCAGACUGACAGAUCAUGCAGUCUUCAGGGCAUAGAUUCCGGGAUGUUGAGCAUCACCCACUGCCAAGCUCCGACGAAGACUUUGAGUGUCCGUCCGCUGACUUAGAAAUAGUGGAUAAGAUCUGGUUCAUCCGUGACCCAUGUGGGACGAUCUGCGCUGUGAUAACUUGGCUCCUGGUUUUCUAUGCAGACUUUGUUGUGACUUUUGUAAUGUUGUUGCCUUCCAAAAACUUCUGGUACUCGCUAAUAAAUGGCAUUGUAUUUAACAGUCUGGCAAUGCUGGCUCUUUCAUCCCAUCUGCGAACUAUGUUGACAGACCCGGGUGCUGUGCCUAAGGGAAAUGCCACUAAGGAGUAUAUGGAGAGCUUGCAGCUGAAGCCAGGGGAGGUGAUCUAUAAGUGCCCAAAAUGUUGCAGUAUCAAGCCAGAGCGUGCCCACCAUUGCAGUAUUUGUAAACGGUGCAUUCGGAAAAUGGACCAUCAUUGCCCUUGGGUAAACAAUUGCGUUGGAGAGAACAAUCAAAAAUUCUUUGUACUCUUCACUAUGUACGUAGCACUGAUUUCAGUCUAUGCACUGAUAUUGUGUUGCUUUCAGUUUGUCUUCUGUAUCAGAGACCAGUGGAGUGAAUGCAGCGGGUUUUCACCUCCUGUGACUGUAAUCCUUAUCAUCUUUUUGUGCCUUGAGGGACUGCUGUUUCUCACAUUCACCUCAGUAAUGUUUGCCACACAGCUUCACUCCAUAUGCAAUGAUGAGACGGAAAUUGAACGCUUGAAAAACGAAAAACCAACCUGGGAAAGGAAAUUGCGAUGGGAGGGAAUGAAAAAUGUUUUCGGAGGUCAGCCCUCUUUUCUGUGGAUUAGUCCUUUUUCGGGGAUUCGAAUCAGGCGACUCAUUUCAAGAACAAGGAAAGGAGGGGCUGAAUUCGAUGUCUGAUUCUCAGUUGGAAGAAUAUUUUGCAAAGUAAUUUCUUUCCGAUAUUAAAAUAAAAUUAGCACAAAAGACAUAGUGCGUUUAAGUAACCGCCUGCUGCGGUCCUAUGGAGUAAUAACUGCUGCCUGCUGCAAAUUGAACAUAGUAACCUAAUUAUGAGCAAAUUUCAUGAAGUCUGGAACUAGUGAACUGACAGAAUUCUCCAUCAGCCAUCGUCCUCUGAGAAUGGAUUGCAAAAAUCAAACUGAAGCUUUUCAUGAGCUGUUACAAGAGUCCUAUUACUCCCCUGUAUAUAUCACUACACAGUCUGGGUCUUGGAGUAUUGCAUUAAAUUACCAUUUGUUACAUAAUCAGAAAUAUUUUGAUGUAAACCGCAAUGCAUUGGGUAUUAAUUUAGUGUUUUCGGUUCAAAAUGUUGUUUUUUUAAAAAAGGAAAUUUGUAGUCAUUUUUCAGUUCAUCUGUUUUCAAAUCCAUUUCGAAAGUCAGUUUUAGGCACUGUACUUGUGAAUCACGUGUGAUAAACCUCAUGAGUUAGAGUGGAAUAAUUUCUUUAUCUAGUUUUAUAUUUUUUUUAUAAAAAGGAACUAGGAUGAAGGAGAAGGUUUAUUUUUUCAGUUCAUGUAAAUUUGAUUUCUCAAAAUGUCUGGAAUGUAUUUUCUUUCCUGUCUGUGGUAUGGGUGUGCACUGUUUUCAGUAAUCCAAAGUUUAUAUUAUACAUGAAACGUCUUUUUAAUUUUAUUUAUUUAGUCAUGUUUUAUUGAAGCGAACAGGUGAUAUGUAAGUGGCAGACUGUCGGUGGUUGUUUCUAACAUUGAUAGAAAAUGUCUUCAUGCCAUUUCCUUUCUGUACUGUACAAUGUAGAAUGGUUGUUUAGCAUGAAUUAAAAAAAAGUUCCAUUCUUUGUUUCUGGUCCUCUGAAACAUAAAAGCAAGUUGAAAACUGACUUAA